AUGGAAGACCUAGACACAUAUUUAUUGAAAUUUAAAGGCUAUUAUUUUGAUCGUCCUGUGCUUGAUAUGAGUAUACUAGAAAAUCUAGAGGAUUUUGAAAUUAGAGAUGAUGACGUUUUCCUAAUCACGUAUCCAAAAUCUGGUACAAUCUGGACUCAGCAGAUACUAAGCUUGAUAUAUUAUGAAGACCACCGGAACAAUACUUCACAAAAACCAACAUUGGAUUUAAUUCCUUUUCUUGAGUAUAAUUUGCAUAACGUGGAUUUUAUCAAUAGUCCAUCUCCUCGUCUUUUCACUUCCCACCUUCCGUAUUAUUUAGUACCAAAUGGUCUCAAGAAAAAAAAAGCCAAGAUUAUUUAUGUCUACAGAAACCCUAAGGAUGUUAUGAAUUCAUAUUUUCAUUUUUCAAAAUUUGUGUCUGUAUUAGAACCUAUAAAGGAUAUAGAAGAAUUCAUGAAAAGGUUUCUAGAUGGCAAAGUGGUAGGAAGCCUUUGGUUUGAUCAUGUCAGAGACUGGUAUAAGAACAAACAUCAUUUCAAUAUUCUGUUUAUGAUGUAUGAGGAUAUGACAAAGGAUCUGCGAAGUGCUGUGCUUAAAAUCUGCCGUUUUCUGGAGAAAGAACUGAGUGAUGUGGAAGUGGAUGUAAUUGUGAAACAGCUGAAAGAACUGAAGAACAAGCUCAAGCCUCGAGUCACAAGACUUAAGGAUGCUUUGGGAAAAGUACAAAAUGAUCCGGGAAGCAUUAAAAGAAGACGGAAGGUCAGUCCCCUGCAGCCUUCCCCACAGGCGGCUCCUCAGCCUGUGCUCAGCACCACCUUGGGCCUGUGGUGCUCAGGUGGGAGGGAGCAGAGGCAGGCAGCGUGUGGGCAGUGGCCUGAGGGCCGCGGGGGCGGGGACAGCGCCAGGAGCUGCUGA